AUGAAAGCAGCGAUGAAUCUUCUUCAGCGUCUUGCGAUCAUCACAAUUCUUGUCAACUCAUUGACGACUGCCUUUGUGGAUUAUGGCUCAAUUGCACCUCAAUCACACCUACAGCAAUCUGCGCCCUCAUCAUCGGGCUUGAAGCCGUGGACGAAUGAGACCCUGAUCCUAUCGCCAGAUAGCCCACUCGUUACACUCGACUACGGCACUGAGGUAGCCGGCUUCCCGUUCUUCCACGUUUCAGCAAUCUUUGGAACGGUGCAGAUCGAAGUAAAGUACAGCGAAGAAUACCGUGGCGUGGAAGAGCCCUUCUCGGACGGGCCUUGGACAUUCUCGAAUGGACUAUCCAACUCUUUCCGAGUAGAAACUUUCAACGUCACCGAAACGGGAUACAUCGAGAGCUUCUUCGUUCAAGGAGGCCAGCGAUGGCAGACCACACGGUUAAUUACGAAUGGCUCCGUCACUAUAGAUCGUCUAGGAUUUCGCGCGACAAGCUCUAACUUAGACGCUCAAAUGCUACCAGGCCGCUUACAGACAUCCGAUAAGAGUUUGAAUCGCGUCCUGGACCUCGGAGGUCGCGUCGCUCAAGUAGCAUGCGUAGAUGCCGGUAACGCGCCGUCCACGUGGGAAAUCACAAAAGACGGAGCAUAUAUACGGGGUCAAACCAGUGCGCAAUCUUCUCUAGGAGUUGAAGCAGUCAAUUACACGCUAGAAUUUGACGUCAAGAUCGCCCGAGGCGGCGCUGGCUGGAGAGUAGCAAGUGCAAUGCCGCCAAUUGGGCCCUACUUUGUGCUUACGUCCGAAUACCCCGAGAUAAACACGUUCGCAAACACCAACCGAACCCUUUUGCCUCCAAACACGCUGGCAUUCACUAGUGGAUGGAGUCUAGUAAACCAGAGCACAUUACCCGUGCCAGAGGCCCAGUACUUUACUAUCAACACAACCAUCACGGAGAACACAUGGUAUCGCGUGCGCACAUCAAUUGAGCAAACUGGAUAUCGGGACCAGAUCGCGUAUUACAAAGACGUAACUGUCACUGCUGGAAACGGCACUACCAUGUAUCGCAAUCCCCUGACGAGCGAAGAUACCUUGGCCGAGUAUCAGGUCGCACCCUUAGAACACUCAGUCUGUUUGGAUGGCGCCAAACGGGAUCGGCUAGUCUGGACAGGAGACUUCUACCACACAGUGCGUGUUGUCGCAGCUUCAUCUGCUCGAUUUGACUACCUCUUGGGCACCAUCAUAUACGCGCUAAGUUUUCAGCUUGAUGAUGGCCCGUACGCCGGCUUUACCCAAAUCUCUACGAAUCUUGGAGCCCGCCCCCAGUACAAGGAAGCAAAUAUCGCAAACUACGCUGGGUUGGUGGACUACCAAGACCUAUUCUUGGUGGGAAUCGGCCAAUACUUCCGCUACACCGGAGACCGCGACGGGCUGAAACCUCACUGGGAUCAGAUCAAGAAACUUGCGACCGCGAGAUUGGCUUUUAUUGAUCCCUCAUCUGGUCUCAUUGGAGGUUCUCCGGAGGUGCCAUCGCCAUUCAGCUUCCUGGGGCCAGCCAACGGUAGUGCAACGACCGGUCUCUUCGCUUACAUGCUUGAGGAGAUCGCGCCACUUGCGCUUGCGAUGGGCGACGAAGAGGCUUCGAUAAACUAUUCCCAAACGGCAAGCACGUUGCGCGAGGCGCUCAAUCGCGAGCUAUGGAAUGAUCAGCUCGGAACAUACUCACUCUCAACCACCGAUCGAGGCAACUUCUCCUUGACCGGGAUCGCCUGGGCAAUCCUAUCUGGUGCGGCCAACGAUACCCAAGCAGCAUCUUCCAUUGCGAAGCUUGAGGAGCUUCGCUUCGCAGUAGGCUACAAGACCAUCUCGAGUGACAUGCAGACAGACGACUACCAACUUGCUCCCAAUCCAUCAGGUUUCCUGUUGGAAGCCCUAUUCAAGUCAAGGCGCGACUUCGGAGUGGACAGCACACCCGCCAUCAAGCAUCUGCUCGACAACCUGUGGGGCAGCAUGGUCAACAAGAACGAGUAUUACUCUGGCGCGAGCUGGGAAUACGUAAAGCCCGAUGGUUCUCCUGGCAUCGAUCUCUUCACUAGCUUAGCGCAUCCGUGGGGUGCAGCUCCGACGUAUGUACUGCCAGAGUACCUUCUUGGCGUCGCUUCAACCUCUCCCGGGUACGAAACGGUUGUUAUCACUCCCAUGAUAGGGUUCUUGAACCAUUCUAAAGUCAGUGGGACGGUGCCAACGCCCAAUGGACCAAUCAAGGUGGCGUGGACGUUGAGCGGCACGAGCGUUUCUUUCACGGUUGUCAUACCGACUGGUACGGCAGCUACACUACAGUUGCCAGCUGGCGCGACUGCGGUCGGCAGGAGCUUGCGCAAUGGACAACUUGAGCUUCCUUGUGGAACGAUGGAAUUGAGAAUAGAUAUGGAGAGCGACUCAUAG